AUUCCCAUCUCCAGCACAGCUGUGUUUCUGAAGGAAAGAGAAAAACUUUGCAAUUUUUUGGAAACGAGCUCGCAAUGUCGGCGUUUGUGAAGUCUGUGUGCCUGGCACAGAAAUUGUGUGCGGCCAAUCCCGCCCUGGCCCGCCAGGCGGUGCGCAGCAUGGCUGGAUGGAACAAGGACUACAAGCCAGCACCAUUCCCAAAGACAGAGAAGGAGCGCGAGGCGGCCGCCAAGAAGUACUAUCUUCUGCCCGAAGAGUACAAGCCCUAUGCCGACGACGGCUUGGGCUAUGGCGACUACCCGAAGGUUGGCGGUGGCCUCGGAGUGGAGAACAAGGAUAGCUACUAUCCCUGGGACUAUCCCGAGCACAAGCGUAACCUCCACGAGCCCGUCUCGGCGGAUCACGACUUGUACAGCGAGGAUCGCUACUCGCAGGCCGAGCAGCCGCGCUACAGCACCUCGUACUACGUCUGGUGCUUCGUGGGCGUCAUGUCCGGCUGCCUGGCCCUCUACUACUGGCUGGAGGACAAGAAGAUGUAUCGUCCCGUGGCCGCCAAGCAAUACCCGGCUGCUGGCGUCAAGCACUACACCUUCGAGAAGUAACUGCUGCGGGAGGGGACUCAGUUCUGACCCGCUUCAUAGGCCAUUUAUCCAAGCAUCUGUAAAAUUAAACUGAAGACAAACCCAA